CUCCGCCGAGCUGGCGUCGCGAGAUAUCGGCCCCAUCGGUCCUGCGUUCCCAAAUCUGCAAGGCUUUGAGUUCUGCCUGGCGCCGAGCUUCGGGAUGCGGGGCGUCUGAGGCUGGGCUUGCCUCCCACUAGGCUGCCGAUCGGAGGGGUCAUGGCUGACCCGGCUUCGCUUUCGCCUCCUUGGGAGUUUCAUUUGCCUCUGUCUCCGGCAGACCUGCUUCGCAGCGCGGGGUCUUUGCAGUACGUGGUGCAGGAGGUGCUGCCCCUCAGACAGCUCCCGGGGCAGCUGGCAGUAUUUCAGACAGUAUUCCGCAUACAAGGAGCGCUUGCUAUCCUGCAGCAUUUUGAUACUCUGUUCAGUAUUCUACACUGCUUCAGGACUGUAGACACUGCUGUUAAGGAAGAUGCCCUAGAACUGAUGAUGAAAGUUUUGGCUGGUCAAUCCAGUGCCCUGGCAGCCAUCCUGAAUGAUUCAGACCUCGCAUCCUCCCUUCGGGUUCUCCAUCUUAACGCCCUAAAGAUGAAUUGUUAUAUACUAGUACGGCUAGUGGAGGCAUUUGAAACAGAAGCUGGCAAGACCAAUCUAGUGGGAUUGGAUUCCAAGAGGAAGAGCAAGAAAAGCCAGGCUAAAGGCUUUGUCUGGGAGGAAGAAAGGCAGUCAGUUGUACAACUGCUCACACAAUUGCUUCAUUUGGACCUUCAUCGGCUGUGGAAUGGCCUGGUAGUGGAAGAAGAGUUUGUGAGUUUAGUGACUGGCUGCUGCUACCGUGUCCUGGAAAAUCCUAGCAUUAGCCACCAGAGGCAUCGGCCUACACGAGAUGCUGUGAUUCACCUACUAGGUGUUGCGCUACUUCGGUAUGACCAUAUGCUGGGUGCCACUCUGAAAGUCUCACAGAUGCUCCAGCACUUCGAACACGUAGCUCCAGUAUUCGUGGAGGCUGUAACUGUGUGGAUCAAGGAAUAUGGUAUGAAGAGUACUGUGGGGGAGAUACUAAGGGAAAUUGGGCGGAAAUGCCCUCAAGAACUGGCUCGAGAUGCUUCCGGGAUGAAGGGCUGUGCUGCCUUCGUGACAGAACUUGCUGAACAAACGCCAACUGUUGUGCUGGCCAACAUGAGUGUCCUGUUGCAUCACCUGGAUGGAGAGAGUUACGGAAUGCGUAAUGCCAUUUUGGCUGCUAUGGCAGAGAUACUGUUGCAAGUGCUGAAUGGAGAGCAACUGGAAGAAGCUGCCAGAAAUACAAGGGAUCAGUUCUUGGAUACUCUGCAGGCGCACACAUGCGAUGUCAAUAGCUUUGUGCGCAGUCGUGUGCUUCAACUGCUUACCCGAAUUGUGCAACAGAAAGCUCUGCCCUUAACUAGAUUCCAAGCAGUUGUGUGCCUUGCUGCAGGUCGGCUACGGGACAAAGCAGUAACGGUAGUUAAGAAUGCUAUUCAGCUGCUCUCUGCCUUCCUUUCCAACAACCCUUUCUCUUGUAAGUUGAGCUGUGCUGACUUAACUGAACUUCUUGAAAAGGAGAAGCAAAAACUUCAAGACAUGAAGAAGUACAGACCCGCAGUUGAGGUAGUAAUCUCCCCUGAGGAUGAAUGGGAAGCAAUGCAACCAGAGCUCCAGGCAACUCUGAAGAAUUGCCUGUACUCAGAGCAAUGGGCAGAGGAGGAACAUCACCUUGAGAUAAAUGACCCAGCACAGCUAAUCAACAAUAUUGUCCAGCUGUUGAGAAAAUCCAAUUACAAGGAUGCCAUCUGUCUGACACGAGAAGGUAUGCACCAAUUCCAAGGGUUGGAGCCUUUCCCCAGCAGCCCAGGAAUAAAGGAUGAUGAGAAAAACUAUAUCCUGAAUAUGUUGAGAACAUUAUACCUUGAUACUAGGAUUACGGUUGGUGUCCAAGAACCCACAGAUGAUACAAACAAUACAGGGAAUGAAGAGCAAACCCAGGAGGACCCACUGCCAGCGGCUUUAGUGAAACAGGAGAUGCUGGUACAAUACUUACAAGAUGCCUACAACUUUUCUGCAAAAAUCACUGAAGCCUUAAGCACGGUCUCUAAACUCAUGUAUGAAAGCUCAGGAUCCGUGGCACAAGAAGCUAUUGAGUUCUUUGUUGUAGUUUCUCAGUUUGGUGUACCUCAGGCUGUGCUCGGAGUCCGUCGCAUGCUCCCCCUGAUAUGGUCUAAGGAACCCGGAGUCAGAGAAGCUGUGUUGGAUGCCUAUAGGAGACUCUAUCUGAACCCCAGUGGUGACUCUGAAAGGACUCGAGCCCAGAAUUUGGUGCAAUCUCUCUCUCUCCUCAUGGUUGAUGCAUCAUUGGGGACUAUUAAAUGCCUUGGAGAAAUUAUCUCAGAGUUUGUGCAAAAGGAUGAAAUAAAGCCUACUGUGAUUCAACUGCUCUGGGAAAAAUUUACUGAGAAAUUGCAGUGCUCAGGAUUGGAACGCCACGCUGCUAUCAUGCUUCUAGGAAUGAUGGCACAGGGGAAGCCUGAGAUUGUGGGAAGUAACCUGGAUGUUUUAAUCACUGUGGGAUUAGAUGAGAGAAUCCAUGAAGAUUAUCGUCUUGCCCAGGAAGUGUGUAAUGCCAUCUCCAAAAUUGCCAAUAGCCAGAAGUCUGACCUUGGGAAAAGCACAACUCCCUUCCGACUUCCACAGUCUCACCUACUCUUCAAACGUCUGCAUGAGGCCGUAACUGCGGGUUUCACUCAUUCAAGUGCACACUGGGUUCCAUUUACUGAGAGAGCAGUUGCCCUUAUCUACCUGUUAGCAGAAGGACCUGAGGAAAUAUGUGCUCAGAUCUUGCAGCAUUGUAGCCAACAAGCCCUGGAAAAGUUGCAGGAGUUUGAUACGGCAGAGUCUGGAUCUUCUUCCAAUGAAGCGACUGGUGAUUCCAACACAAUUGAUGCCAUUAUGUUGACACAUUUGGUCUCCCUCGCGGGGGAUGUGGCCUUGCAGCAGCUCGCGCACCUGGAGUUGUCUGUAAGCAAUGAGCUACGCAGGCGCCAUGUCCUUGGGGAAGAACAAGAAGCAAAGGAACAGGCUGCCAGCGCUGUAAAAGUCCAGAAUGGCAAGUGUCCUCGGAAUGACACCACGAUGGAGGAGGACCUAGGCUUGGUUGGGGCCUCUGCUGAAGAUGCAGAAACGGAGCUCAUCCGUUCCAUUUGUGAGACAGAGCUCUUGGAUGGAAAACAGCUGCUUUCAGCCUUUGUUCCCCUUGUACUCAAGAUUUGCAACAAUCCAGGACUCUAUAGUGAUCCAGCACUCUCAGCAGCUGCCGCGUUGGCCCUGGGAAAAUUCUGUAUGAUCAGCACAGAAUUUUGUGACUCACAUUUGCGGCUCUUCUUCACAAUUAUGGAGAAAGCCACGCUCUCCAGUGUACGUGCAAAUCUCAUCAUUGCAGCUGGAGACCUGGCUAUCCGCUUUCCCAACUUGGUGGAACCUUGGACACCCCACCUCUAUGCCAGGUUGCGGGACCCUUGUCAACAUGUCAGACGGACAGCUGCUAUGGUGAUGACUCACCUGAUCCUAAAAGACAUGGUGAAGGUGAAGGGGCAAGUGAGUGAGAUGGCAGCUCUUCUCAUUGACCCUGAAGAUGAGAUUGUUCGUCUGGCUCGGAAUUUUUUCACUGAACUCUCUAACAAAGAUAAUGCUGUUUACAACCUGCUCCCAGAUAUCAUCAGCCGCCUCUCAGAUGCAGACUCUGGCAUAGAGGAGCAGCCUUUCCAUACCAUUAUGAGGCAACUUUUCUCUUUUAUCACUAAGGAUAAGCAAACGGAGAGCUUGGUAGAGAAACUUUGUCAGCGAUUUCGAACUGCUCGAACAGAGCGCCAGCACCAUGAUCUGGCCUACUGCCUUACCUUACUCCCUCUCACAGAACGAGGGCUCCGUAAGAUGCAAGACAACUUUGACUGCUUUGCUGAUAAACUCCAGGACUCAGCAGUCUACAACUACUUCCUGGUUGUGUUGGGCCGGGUUCGUAGGGUGGCCACUAAGCCAGAGAUGAAGGUUCUUAUUGAAGAAUUUGAGCAGAAGCUCCAAAAGUGCCACCACAGGGGCCUGGAUUCCUUCACUGAAGCUCCACAGGAGUCCAUAUGCCAAGAAGGCAGCAACCCUUCUGUGCUGCAAUCAGUAAAGAAAGUAGCAUCACGAUCCUGUCGGCGACCUCUUCGGGCAGCCAACAGAAACACUGACUCUUCCUUCAUGUCUCCUGAGCCCAGCAUUGCUCGAUCCCAGAGGAAGACUUCCAAACCAAAAGUUUCCAUUGUUUUCUCCAGUGAUGAAGAGAAUAGCCUAGAUGAAGAACUUGAUGCUGAAUUGACAGCAGAGGAGACACCUAGCAAAACAACUCCCAUUUCUCGUGCAUCUUCUCGCCGUGCUCGAUGAUUACCUGCCUUUUUGUUGAUUCUGUUGGUUAAUGGGAACAAAAGCUCCCAGGAUUUCUGAAUGACUUCACUCCUCCUUUUAUAUCCGAUAAAGUUACAUGAAAGGUUACUUUAGGCUUCAAGGUUUGGCAUCAUGAGGAUUGCUUACCCACAUGGUUGAUAGAUCAGGAUGUGCAUUUCAGUAAAUCUAUGUUCUGAUUAUUAUUCUGUAUGUUGACUUAGGAACAUGACUGGAAUUCGCACGUGUGCAUAUUAACUGCGUAGGAAAUUUUUGAGAACUAUAAAAAUGUGUCUUGAUAAAUGUAACCCAGUUACUAUGCAUACACUAAUUAAAGAGUUGCACUAACAUACAUAAAGUACACAGAAUCAGAAUGUUCCUUUAGGGAGUAACCAAAAUACCUUUUUGUUUGUUUGGUUUUUUUGAUGGAAGUAAGUAACCAAAUUAAAAAACGAAAUAAAGCAAAGUGCAAGUUAAAUAAGACAAAAAAAACUAAUUG